AUGGCGGAGUCCUUCUAUCCCGUCAUCGCUCCUGCUCCAAACCUCUCCUCCUCCGCUCUCCCGACUGUCCCCUCCGAUCUGGGCGUGGUCACUGGAUCCCAGUCCGAAAUCAAGGACCUGUUUGGCCUCUUCUGCAUGGUGACCCUUGACCUCAUCGCGCUAUUGGCUAACAUCGGCGUCAUGGUGGCUAUCGCACGUGCCCCUCAUCUCAAGCGGUUCGCGUUUGUCUGCCAUCUUUGCGCUGUAGACGUCCUCUGCGCUGUUCUCCUGAUGCCGCUGGGAAUCAUAUCGAGUUCCCCAUUUUUCGGGACAGUUGUUUUCACUAUUUUGGAGUGCCAAGUUUAUAUAUUUUUAAAUGUCUUUCUUAUUUGUUUGUCUAUUUUUACCGUUACAGCUAUUAGCAUCGAGCGGUACUUUUACAUCGUCCACCCUAUGCGCUACGAAGUGAACAUGACCGUCAACCUCGUAAUUGUCGUAAUGUUGCUAAUUUGGAUCAAGUCUCUCCUACUAGCGAUGGUAACAUCAUUCGGCUGGCCCGCGUACGGAAGCCAUAGCUCAAUUUCCGCGGCGCAUUGCUCGCUCCAUGCUAGCCACAGUAGCUUAAGAAAAGUUUUCGCGGUGCUCUUUAGCGUCACUUGCUUCAUGGUCCCUUCAUUUGUGAUUUUUGCUGUUUAUUGCGCUGUUUAUAAGGUCGCAAGAUCAGCCGCGUUACAGCAAGCCCCCGUAGUAACGCCUUGCCAAGCUAAAGAUCGAUCGGAUUCGAUAAAUAGUCAAACAACAAUGAUCACAACAACCAGGACUAUUCCGAAACGUCUGUCUCCCGAAAGAGCGUUCAGUGGCGGGAAGGCAGCGCUAACUUUGGUCUUCAUCGUGGGACAGUUUUUAAUUUGCUGGUUGCCGUAUUUCAUUUUCCACCUCCAGAUGGCGCUAAGUGGGUCCAUGCAAAGCCCAGGCGAUCUCGAGGAGGUGGUGAACUGGUUAGCCUUCUCGUCAUUUGCGGUGAACCCGUUUUUCUAUGGACUUUUGAACCGUCAGAUCAGAGAUGAAUUGGUGAAGUUUAGAAGAUGUUGUUGGACCCAAACAGCAGAGAUGGGGACGUCCAGCCAUGAAGGGUCGCUCCAGGAGAACUUUAUGCAGUUCAUUCAAAGAACCACAGGGGGCAGUAUUAGUAGUGGCAGUAGUAACUCAGGGAGAAGGACCAGUCUGAGAGCCAGUGUGGAGCGGGAGCAGAAGAUCCCAGGACAGGUACCAGAGGAGGCUUCAUAG